AUGUCGGGACGUGGUAAGGGUGGGAAAGGACUUGGUAAAGGAGGUGCUAAGAGGCACAGGAAGGUUUUGCGGGAUAAUAUCCAGGGCAUCACUAAGCCCGCUAUUCGUCGCUUGGCCCGUCGUGGUGGCGUCAAGCGCAUCUCCGGGCUGAUCUACGAGGAGACCCGCGGGGUGCUUAAGGUUUUCCUGGAGAAUGUGAUUCGCGAUGCCGUCACCUACACGGAGCAUGCCAAGAGGAAGACCGUUACUGCCAUGGAUGUGGUUUAUGCCCUCAAGCGCCAGGGUCGUACUCUGUAUGGCUUUGUUUACUUGGAGCUGGUGUACUUGGUGACGGCCUUGGUGCCCUCGGACACGGCGUGCUUGGCCAGCUCCCCGGGCAGCAGCAGGCACACGGCCGUCUGGACCUCCCGGGACGUGAUGAUGUCGUUGACGAACGAGUUCAUGAUGCCCAUGGCCUUGGACGAGAUGCCCGCGGAGGAACGGAUUUCAAUGGUUCAGGCAUCGUUACACUUAAGCUUGGUCAGGGAAGAAUGUGUAACUCUUCGACCGCUCGAUAUUUAUAGCGCUGACUCUGAGGGAGGUCCAGCGAAGUCCACCAAGCUGCUGAUCUGCAAACUGCCCUUGCAGCAGCUGCUGCGGGAGAUCACCCAGACAGACCUGUACUUCCAGAGCUCGGUCGUCAUGACCCUGCAGGAGGUGAGCAAGGCCUACCUGGUGAGACUGUUCAGGGACACCAACCUGUGCACCAUCCACGCUAUGUCUGGUCGCGGCAAGGGAGGUAAGGGCUUGGGCAAAGGAGGUGCCAAACGCCACCGUAAGGUGCUAAGAGACAACAUCCAGGGCAUUACCAAGCCCGCUAUUCGCCGCUUGGCUCGGCGCGGCGGCGUGAAGCGCAUCUCCGGCUUGAUCUACGAAGAGACUCGAGGGGUGCUCAAGGUAUUCUUGGAGAACGUGAUCCGGGACGCCGUCACUUACACAGAGCACGCCAAGCGCAAGACUGUUACCGCCAUGGAUGUCGUCUACGCUCUCAAACGCCAGGGCCGUACUCUCUACGGCUUCGGUGGUUAAAGCGCCACACUUACU